AUGUUGGCAACUUAUCGUGCUGUACUUGUGAUGCCUAUUGGUCCAUACGGCGAUUCUCUACAAAGGGAUGAGAUCGAUAAUUGUACCUUGGAUUGCUUGAACAGCUCGGAGUUUUGUGUCGGAUUUUAUAUCGAGACUGGUAUCUGCGAGUUAACGACGAACCGCAGUGAUGAUAGGAUGAAUUUUUACAUAUAUGACCGAAGCGAUGAAUCGACACUUGCAUGCCCUGAUCGGAGUAUUCAGGAGCAGGUUGCUAAUGAUGGGAACUGGAACGAAUGGGGCGAAUUCAGCACUUGUUCGGCAAGUUGCGGCAUGAACGGGAUUUACCAGCGGACGAGGACCUGCCCCACAGAACCUCAGGGACGAGGCUACGGUUGCGUCGGCAGCACGCUGGAUCUCGAAGCAUGUCCGGAAAAUUUGUGUUAUUUUCCUGCCAAUGACUGUCAUGAAAAUUAUCGAAAGUGGCUGGACAAAGUGAAGACGAAGGACUACACUUGUCAACUCAUACCCGGGGCCGUCGAUCCGCGACUAGAGCAA